AUGGAUGCCGAUGUCGAUGGGAUCGAUGUCGAUGAUGUCGAUGACGAUGAUGUCGGUAUAUUCAGCAUCGCCAAUGACCGCCAAAGUGAGGACGAUGAUACCCUCACUGGUGAAGACAACGUUCUUUCAGCAGUGCACACGAAGCGCACUGCUGUUGACAAGGAUGAAUCAGCAGAGGAAUUUCUGCCGACUCGCGAAGCGGUUGUCCGCUUCGGUCAAGAUUCUAUUGUAGAUGCAUUAGACGGACAGAAACGAAAUGCAGACAAACAUGCUAGAGCAAAUGUUCUUUCAUUUAAUGAAGGAGAUUUAGUUUUACCGUCCACAGUAAACUUACCGAAGCACGCAGUGACAAACGUGGGCAGCAGUAAAUUACUGCCCAGGUACAUCGGUCCAUUUCGUGUGUUGCGCCGAAAGGCCAACGCAUACACGGUUGAGCUGCCCCGUAAGAUGCGCACGCAUCCUACGUUUUACGUUGGUCGUCUCCUCUUGUACCAUCAGUACGAGUUCGUUUGGAGAUGCGAAGAACACAUCCGCGGUCAAGAGCCGAGACCACCUUCGAGUGUUCCCGUUUCAACAAGCCAGUCUGGUCGAAGAGCGAAGCGACCUGUUCACGCAGCCCAGCGAUGUCUCGACGAGCAGCAGCCAGCUCAUCAAGAAGAGAACGAGUCGAACUUUCGUUCUCAAGUUGCGCGAACGCAAAAGCGGCACGAUCAUCCGAACGAUCGUGCGUUAGGAAAUUGCAAUUAUCCCUUACAGGAUCCUCAAGACCACAACGCCGACUCCGUUCAUGAGCCAGGUCAUCUUGAAAUUGUUCCGUUACACAAUUUAGCUCUUGAACAACAAUCUUAUCCGACCCUCAAUCCGGAUCAGGUGUUCCCGCCGCCACCACAUCCUUUGGUCAACUCCGGCGGUUGUCAACGCUUCCUAGUGGAGCGCAUUUUGAGCCAACGCGAUGUGAAUGGCGUCUGGAAGAGUUAUCGCGUCCGCUGGCGUGGCUAUCCACCGGCGUGGGACAGCUGGGAGCCUCAUGCCCAGCUGAUUGUUGAUGUCCUUGGUCUCGUCGAGCAGUACGACGAGACCCACCCGCUGCAUUCGAAGAAGGGCCGUCGAAAAACGACCUCCCCGAACGCGAGUACAGGGAUUGCAAAUCAACCCCUUCGGCCAUCUCGGAAGAGAUGCGCGCCCUCCGGUAGGGAUCAUUAG